AUGCAGUCGGAAAGUCUGGCCUCACCAGCCGAAAUGAUGAUUGUGGAGCAGCCGCAACAUUCCGGAGGCGGCGCCAAAGAUGCAAUCGCACAAGAUAACAUGAGCUAUGCAACACACGAGCAACAGCAAUACUACAGCACAUCUGCAGCAGUGUAUAUGUCUGCGACGUAUUUGCAGGAGAAUAAAGAGACUGCCCAUGAAAAUCAUAUACAAUCUACUUUGGAUGAUCUCUCACAGACCACUGGCACGAACUCAACUUCGUUAGAUGACAACUGGAGCAAGCGGGAUAACUCGACCGGGCUCAUGGGGAUAGUGAACGGCUUGAUGGACCGAGUCACUACGACGGUGCGGCGGAAAGAUAAACGAAGUAUACAUACAAAAAGACCAACUUCAAGUACUCAAGAACCAGGAUCAGUUCCAAAGAUCCAUGAACAAAGUCCAGAUUCAUGGCCGCACAAACAAGCAGAAACGCCAAGUUCUCAGAAUCAAGGAGAAAUCUUAAAGGCUUACGAAGAGAUUAAGCGCAAAACAGACCAACUACAUGAAAUGACACUCCAUACUCGAAACUUAGAGAGUAUAGUGCACACUCUCAGAGAGGAUCUUAGUAAGGCAGACACGAAGAUGGCUGCUCUCGGAAGGGCCGUUACUGAGAGCGAGGCAAUCAUCACCCAGUCUCAUGCCACUGCUGUUUCAACAUUGGCAGGCAAUGUUUCAAGAGGCAUUACUGACGACAUGAUCAGAGAAGAACUCAAGAAAUUCUUUCAAAACGAUUUCUUCUCAUGGUGUGCCGACUUGUGCACAGAGAGAAUUGUGGAUGAGAAUGCUGCGUUACACAAACUUCUUGAAGCUGGAAUCAUAAACCGCACCCAGCCAAAUGCUGCCAUCGACUGGAGGAUUCAGACAGUUGAGUGCUUGGAAAAGGCAGUACCAAUAACAGAAGAAUACAUCCAGAGAGAGGUGCAAGAUUUUGUGCAAGAAUACGAGUUUUUGCUGUCUGCUGACAAAUAUGACAACGAGGCCAACAAAGACCUGGUACAAAUUUUCACCGACUUUGCUAUUUUAGCACUCAAGUUAUGGAAAACCCGGGCAAAUAUUGAAUGGUGUGACAUAAAUAGCUUUCAAAAUGCGUACUUUGAACUCGGGCAUCCAUGGGUGGAGGUCGAACAAUCGCUGGCGUUGACUAUGGGCCAGAGAUUAAAUGGCCGUCCCAUCGGACUCAUCGUUCGCCCUAUGAUUGCGUCCAAAUCGCUAUCAAAGAGUGGUGAAGUGGAAGAGGUGAUUUGGCACAAAGCUCUUGUUUGGGUCUCUGGUGAAAACGAGACUACGGAAUCAGAGAAGUUGGUAUGAAAUUGCGCUAUGCACUUUUUGAUGCGUUUAUGCUUGAAAAUGGUGGUAUAUGAGAUGUAGGUAGAAAAAGAAAGGAGUAAAUGAACCGUC